CUGUUUUCUAUCGACAGUGUUUCAGCGAGUACCGUUGUGAGAGGUGGAACGUAUAAACCGGCGAUUUCCUCUCUUUUCUUUUAAAUAUUUGUAUAUUCAUUUUUUUUGUUGUUUUUUCUUUUUAUUAAUUAAACAUUUUGUUUUUGUUUCUGUCAAAUUUACUCGCUUAGAUUUGUUUCUUUUAAUAUUACGUGUUAAUAAUACCACCAUACGACGAAUAUUCAUUUUCUUUAUUUUUCUCAUCUACAAUCAAAUAUAAACAAUUGUAAUUGUCAAAUCUUGGGUAUAUACAUAUAUAUGUAUAUGUAUAUGUAGAAUUGUCAAUUGAUUUUGAAGUUUGGAUUUUCAAAGCACUUUUUUUAUUACUACUACUACUACUACUACUACUACUACUACUACUACUAGGUGUAGAAACAACACAACAGAAGCAAACGUCAAAUAAGAAGACGCCUGUGCCUUCAAGAGUGAUUACGGAAGCUACCCGAAAUAGAACGAGUAUUAUACGACUUUAUUCAUUGAAGAGAAACAGAGAGAUAGGGAGAGAGAGAGAGAGAGAGAAAGAGAGUACUUGUCAAAAGUACAGAGUUUGAUUGGACUGAAAGAAAAUUAAACGUGAGUGAAGAAAAAUAAGAAGAAGAAGAAGAAGAAGAAGAAGAAUUCUAAUAAGAAACAUUCAAAAUGGUGGAAUUGAGACAAUAUACAAUAGAAGAAGUACAGAAGACUAAAGGUACUGGAGAAACGGUGAUCAUUUUAAACGACAAGGUUUACAAUGUUACCAAAUUUUUGAACGAACAUCCCGGUGGCGAAGAGAUUCUCAUGGAUAACGCGGGAAAAGAUGCUACGGAAAAUUUUAAUGACGUCGGCCAUUCCCAGGAGGCACUUGACUUAAUGAAAGAAUUUUUAGUAGGCGAGAUCAUAGAAUCGCAGAAAAAAAAGAAGCCCUUGAAGAAGGGUUGGGUAGCUGGUUACAAUAAAAAAUCGGAAAAUGAAAAAUACGUUAAGGGACCUGGUGUGCCAUUUUAUACCCUUAUGGGUGUCAUGAUUCUUUUACUUGCUUUAUAUCUUUAUAAUAUGUUAUGAUCAAAAACGUAUUUUAUUAUACAACAAUUGUGAAGUAUAAUUAUCGUUUGACGUCAUAUCGUCACCGUCAUCGUUCCUCGUUUCUUCAUCAUUGCCAUUAUUAAUAACACUGUUGUCGCCAUUGAAUAAUUAAUCUUUUGUUCUAAUGAAAACACCUACGAAACCAAAUGAAAUAAUAAUAAUAAUAAUAAUAAUGUUUGUUAUGUUAAAUUAAAAAAUGAAAUUUAUUUAUAAUUUUUCGUCAAGAUAUUAUCCACCUUUUUGUAAAAUGACCACACAACACCAUUUUUUCUUUUUAUUCAAAUUGUAUUAUUGUUAUUAAUGAUGCGUGCAUAUGUGCACGACAAAGAUGCAUUUGUAAAUUGUUUCGUGUGAAUACACGAAAAAUAUAAAUAAAACAAUAAACAAAACAAUGUGAACUUAGGAAAAAAUAAUAAAAAAUAAAAACAUAUACGAUCAUAUGAUUCGUCACGAUAUCGAUUAUAGCAUAUUAAAUAAGUAGAAUGAAUGUAAUAGAGAGAGCAUUUUUACGAGUCAAUUAUUGUUAUUGUUGUUUAGUAAAACGUGUGCACGUUAUUUGUAAUUUCAUUUAUUCAAAUUACACGAUAGGAUGAUCAAUCUUCACAUUUACAUAUGUAUAACUAAACGUAUAUAUCUGGUAUACCACAAUAAGAAUAUAAAAUAAUUGCUAAGUACGCGUAAGUAAUUUUCUAGAAGAACACAGGAUAGAGAAAUAAAUAAAACCACGUUCAACAGUUUAGAAAAAUCA